AUGCCAUAUCGAAGUCGCCAUGGCCGCCAUAGAGGGUCCGCACCGGCGUUGAUGUGCUACCGAGGGGACACUCGGAAAGCGUAUCUCAAUACACCGCUGGAGCGCAACGAAGAGUACGAGGCAAAAUUACAACAGAUCAAACGAUGUCGCGGUACCCUCAGUCAAGAAGAAAUAGAACUUCAGGAUGAACUUAUGGCUAUGGAAGCCGAUCAACGGGACACCAGAUGCGCAGCUCUAAAAAGAGAGAUCGAGUCGUAUUUUGACAAACCUAAGCCCUUCCCACCGCCACUACCGCGAUCCAGUAUUUGGCUAGAACACACCUAUCCUUAUAACUAUCGAAUUGAGCACAUGCGAAUGUUCUAUCUGGCCUGCCAAGAGGGGAGACUCAAUGAUGUUGAGGAAUGGUUGAGGGACAGGCGAGAUAUGCUCAGUCCGAUUGGGCUUCGAGAUGGACUGGACGUAGCCGCCAUGGGUUCUCAGGUUCACGUCGUCCGAUACUUUAUAGAGGAAGUAGGCGUUGGUAUUACGGGUGCUGCUGUGAUGUACGCGUGCAGGAACCAGUCUUUGCCUCUCUUUGAGCUGUUUAUACAGCAUGGCUACCACCCGAAUCAGCAAGUCCCUAGUAAUUGCGGUAGCUUUGGAACAGCGCUACUUGACUGUCUUGGGAGUGAGGAUAUCACGCGUCUUCUGCUCGAGAAUGGGGCUGAUCCAAACGCGGCGCCGUUCAUGGACGGCCGUCGUCAUAUGUGGGGUCAGCAGUCGACUGUUCCUAUGGACAGGACAUCUGGUUUGCUGUUGGAUAAAGCUGUCGAGAAGCACAGCUUCGCUGUUGUUAAGCUUCUUCUUGAGCACGGCGCCGAGGUGAGAUAUUCGCGACCUUUGGAACGGUUAAUACGCUACCGCGGUGAGUAUCUUCGCUCCGUUGGUUUGGAUGAUGACUGGCGGCCGCUCAUCGAGAUGCUGUUGAGCUAUGGUGCGGAUAUCAACGCAGUAACCUAUGGCGGUGGCACGGCCCUUUCAGCAGCCCUACACCGCGGGCGAUGGGAUGUAGUCGAGUUUUUGAUUCAGAACGGUGCCGAUGGUAGGGUUGUUACUCCAGUGUCCAAAAAGGAUUCCUUCGCUUAUGCCGCCGAGGGUGCUCAGGUCGAAUGGGAGAUUACAAACGAGCUCAAGGAGUACUUGGAUUAUCUUUGCGGCUCGGAUUCCAGUUCGAUCGCGAGUCAUGUGCCCCCUCCCGGAGUUGAUCAAAAUCCUUUGGUUAAAAUGUUCAUCAAAGUGAAGACCAAAAGAGACGAGGCAGGAGGACAACAUGAUAGGAAGUGA